AGCGGCUCGUGUCUGGGGACGGUGGCGUCGCGGCGUCCGACCCGGAGAAGCCGUGCGAUGUCGCUCAGCCGGCCGAGUUGUGCCGGCUAUGACUAUGGCAUUCUGCUGACGACGAUGUCGCAGAAUAAGCAGGCGCCCAAAUGGAGCUUUGCGGGGCGACAGCACGGGGGCAGCAGGCCUGGCACGCCGGGCCCUGGCGCCUAUGCUGCUGCUGCCAAGAGCAGUGCACGCAUAAGGACUCCCUCCUACGGCUUUGGCACUGCAGAGCGGGACGGGGGCGGCUUGCGGGUGAGCACGGCGCCGGGCCCGGGGACCUACGGCGCCUAUGGCGCCUAUGGCGCCCAUGGACAGGCCCGGCCGCGCUCCGCGGGCCCCGCCUUCGGCCGGGCGAGGCGUGGGUUGGGCGGCGGCAGUGCCACUCCGGGCCCGGGCGCCUACGUGCCCAACAUCAACCCCACUAGGAUGGGUGCUCCAAGGCACACUUGCACUCCGAGAAGGGAUGGAGUCUUUGGGGGUGGAGGAUCGCAGGGCGCGUUUGGCACCCCCGGGCCCGGCACCUACGGGGACGCGGGCAGCGGAGGCUCCAGCCCCAUGGCCAAGGCGGCCCCGCGCUGGGGGUUCGGGAGCUCCGCGAGGGGAGUGAAUGCAUACGGCCAGGGCCCUGGACCGGGUCAAUACGACCUGCGUUCCAGAGUCGGAGGCCCCAGAUUCUCGAUCAAGGGCCGGCACGACCUGGGGGAUGGCUCGCUGUGCCCCACGCCUGGUCCGGGCUCCUUCGGGGGCAUGUACACUCAGUUCGGCUACUGAGCCCGGCUUUGACCGCUGGAGUUCUCCCCGAAAAGAUCCGUGGAGGAACCCGACGGUUUGCUGAGCCAUACGAAGGUUCGAGUAUGGCGACGACCUUGUCUGUGCUUUUGGUUUGGGGGCACCAUUUUUG